UUUCUCUUUCCUUUCAACAGAUGAGAAUAUUGCUGGGCAAUGGGGCAGAUGACAUGUGCUGUGAUGCUGACCGCAUAACGAUUUUCUAUGAUCUGACUCAGGUGUGUGUGAGUGUGAGAAUUCCAGGAGAUGGAGGGAGGGGAAGGAGAAGGAGCUGGUCUACCUUUUGGCCCUUUUCGCUCCCUCAUUCACGAACAAGCCAAAAGUAUUGUUGCUAUACAGGAACUGAAGAGAGACGUGGAGCUACUGCUGGAGUUCCGAGAACAAGUUCUCUCUUCCUUUCCUCACCUCAUGCACUCAGUUCCUCUCAUGACCCCAUCAGCCUCAAGUGCAACCAAGUUUACUGGUGUCACCCAUGAUGUUAGCCAUCAUCAUCCUGGGGCGCAUUCUGCUCAACACCUUCGACCUCCUGGCUCUGGCCGCAAACUUCCCCAACCUCAUGGUGCAUCUUCAGAUCCUCUUCUCUUUGCUCAACCUGAAUCUGAUACUUCAGAUGAAAUGGAAAGCCAGGGGCCUGGAGGUCGAGGGACUUGGAAACGCCCAUCUUCUACUCGAUAUUUACCCCGAACCAGACGAAAGAAACAAAGUGUUGAUGUGACUUCCACUACCUCUCGCACAGCCCUUCUCGCUCCUAUGGCACAUGUUGUUGACUCGGGGUUCAGUACAGAAACUAAAGAUGUGGGCUCAGGGAGUGAACGGAAUCAUGUUUACAGUGAUCGGACAUCUUCAUCAUCAGCUUAUAACUACAGUGACCGGUCAUCAGAACGCAAUCUUGUUUAUAGUGACAUGGUGCCUGAUAUUCGAUGGCCUGGCCGGAUGGUUGGCCCAAUGUCAUUUUGUGAUGAUGAACUCUGGAAUCUCUUAGAUGUGAUUCAUAGGAAAGGGGUUCGAUUACGCGAGGAAAUUCGAGCAGAGGAUGUGCGGGUUCCUAUUCCUGCUCCAGAAUCAGCUUUAUCUGAUACUGUCCAGUCCAAUGUUCGUCGCCUCUCCACCAUUGCAGAGACAGUCAGAAGUUCUCAGUCUCUGGGAGAUACAAGAUCAAAAGGACUUGGUGAACGGGAUUCCAUAAGUUUAUCACGAGUCUUUCAGACUCAGGUGAGAGUGAAGGAUCCAGAGGAAUCUCGGAUUCAGGAACUUGAAGCUCUGGUUCAGACUUUGAAUGAGAAGAACAAACAUUUGGAGGAAGAGCUUUAUGCUGCCACAGCCUGGAAGACAGAGGUGGACUCCCGCAUUCACAAUUUGCAUGCUCAGUUUGCUCGAGGGAAGAGGGAACCAUAUCAAGAUCAUGACUCCAAUCUGGAGAACCAGAAGCGUCAUGAUAUAAGCCCAUUUACUCCAGAGCAGGCAGAAUCCAGAGAAAGGGGGUGGAUCAACAUCCGCUCUAAAUCUGAAGUCAACAUUCGCCAAAGACGAUCUCAGACAUCAAAUGUCUUUGCAACAAGCCUUCCCACAGGAAGUAAGACAGAAAGGAAGAUAGUUGCAAUUCCAAAUAAGAAGAUCUCCUCUGUCCUCUGGGAAUCGGACAUUCUGACCCUACGAAAGCAGCUGCUACAUUACAUCCAUGCUUAUGAGAUGACAAAGGCCAAAUUGGAUGAGAAAGCUGAGGAAUGGAGUUUACGAGCACGUGACUGGGAUAGGUUGUCUAAGGAAUGGAGAGAAGAAGUUCGCAGUCUCAGAGAUGAGAAUCAGGAAUUUAGAUUCCAGCUAGAAGAGAAGGUGAUUGAGCUGGAGGGAACCAAGGCCCGAUUGAGAAUGAUGGAGAGAGCUUUGGGAAGAGGAUUAAAGCCAACAACAUCCAUUCCUGGUGAUGUCACCUUGCCCCGACCCCUCAGACGUAUUGACCACCUGUCUUAUCUAAGGAGUGACCUUGAUCAAGGCAGGAAAGAUGAUGAGGGUCCUCAAGAAGAGGGCAGCCCAGCAAAAAUUACAUUUCGAGUAGGAGGGGAAGAUGAAGAGGAUGUCAGAACCCAGGAAAAUUCUCUUCCUGUAAAACUAGUUCGCAUUGUUCCGGAAGCUGAGGAAGGGAGGGAGAAGGAGUCAUCAAGCACUGAGUCUUCAGGAGUUCCCCAUAAGAAUGUGUUCUUGCUGGCAAGAAACAAUAUGAAUUCAGGUGAUGAGGAAGAGGACCAAGUACCAUCAGUGCCUCCUCCAUUCCCCCUUGACUUCCUGCCUGUGAUUCCCCCAAUCAAGCCUGAUCUGGUCCAAAGCCAGACAGAAAACUUCUACUUUGCCAAAGAAUCUCCUCUCUUGAAUGGGUCUGCUUUGAAGAUGGUAUGCCCUCCUUAUCCUCCUGCCUUUGAUGAUGAUGAUGAUGAUGAUGAUGAUUCAGAGUUCAUGCUACCAUUAGACAUGGUCCAGUAA